GGUUAGUUGCUGGUGUUUCUUUAGAAGUAACAGUGGCGGAGUUCGUGAAAAUUAGAGGGAGAAAGGAGAGAGAAAGAGAAAAAAAAGAGAUUGAUGGCGCACCACCUGCAACCCCACCCCCGUGGCGCGCAGGCCCCCUACCUCCAGCCCCGGCGACGGCUUGCAUCGGUGGGAGGCGCUGCCUCGAGGCGAGCAGCAUUGGUGGCAAGCGGUGGCGGCGGUACAGCCUGCACGGGGCGGUCCCGGCCGGUGCUGUCGCGCAUAGUACACGGGGCACGCGGCCAGCGCUGAUCCACCCAUCCUCCUUGAAUUAGGCAAGCUGCUCAUCCCCGGAUCGAGGAGCAAUAGGGCGCGCAGAGGCCACCUGCAGGGGGCUGCCGCGCGGAAGAGUGGCCGUGAGGAGCAUGGGGGCAGAGGAGGCCGCUGCGUCCUGCUGCAGCACGGGGAGGCGGCGGCCGGCCAGCAGCUGCGGCGGAGACGGCAUGCCGAUUAGCUCCUGUCCAAGAAGCAAGCACACGACAGGAGCAGAGACCAUGGCGCUCGAGCUCCCCAUGGAUGACAGAACAACCUUUGCAUGUCAGGAUUCUACGCUUGGUGGAGUUGCUAAUGAUAGUGAGCAGAUGGGAGGAGGUGCCGGCGGUUCACCCCGGCGACCUGGCAAGGUAGAUCCGGUGGCGGCUGGGGCGCGCGGGCCCGGCUGGGCGGCAGCCGGCUUGCGUCGGCGUGAGAGGGACGCUGCGUCCCAGCAAGGCGCUCGGCCGGCGGAGGCGCGGAUCCGGCAGCGGCUGGGCGCGCAGGACUGGAAGGGCGAUGGCUUGCUUCGGCACGGGGGCAACGCGGCGGCCCGGCUAGGCGCUCGGCGGUGGAGGUGCGGAUCCGGCGGUGGCUGCUGUAGGAGGCGGUGGCGGCGCGGAUCCGGGGCCACCAUCGACAAGGUCACAAACGAUGACAAAACUCUUCCGCAGCAAUACAGUGCCCCUCAAGGGAUUCCCAGAUCGAUCCUGCUGCCUGACGCCUGUUCUGACUUGACUGACGAGCUUGACUCAUUGCUAUAGACAAUAAGCAGGCCGCCAUCAGAUCCGAAGCUAAGGCAGCAGCAGGCUCACGGGCUCCAUGGAAAGCGACAGGCUUGCGAACAGGAUGGUGACCUUGGGCACGCAACGGGACUGCACGGGGGUCAUCCGGAUUCUAUUUUAGAGGAUAAAAAACUGAUGUUUCUAUGGCUAUGAGCGUGUGUUUCUAUGCCUGAAUGAGUUAAUGGUUACAUAUCAGAGAACCAGAAACUAAUUUUUCUAUGGCUAUGUUUGUGGGCUUUUAGGUUUACGUUUCUAUGCUUUCUAGUAUAGAUUUCUAUACAUGCUAAACUGUGUUUUCGGAUAUUUAUGCAAGGCAUUGUUUCUGUGCUUACAUGCAUAAUAUUCUAUGGAAGGCAUGUUAGUUGCAUCGAUCA